AUGAUAAGUAAAUCUCAGCAAGUGAAUGAAGGACCUGAAGAAUCAGGGAGUGAGACUGAACUCAAUGAUAGCUACACUGAGGUCCACAUCACAGAGGGAAAGAUUGAAGAGGAUAAUGCUCAACAUGAAGUGAGGCAGCUUGACAUAGCUUCCAAGACAAAGGUCCUCCAUGACACUCCAAUCAAGUGCUACGACAUCUUUAAAGCCUUACCCAACCAACAGAAACGCAUCAGAACUGUUCUGACAAGCGGCGUCGCUGGUGUUGGAAAAUCCUUCUCAGUGCAGAAGUUCACUCUGGACUGGGCACACGGCUCCAAAAACCAAGAUAUCAGUCUGCUGAUUCCACUUCCAUUCAGAGAGCUGAACUUGGUCAAAGAUGAGCCGCACAGUCUGCUCACGCUGAUCCGUGCUUUCUAUCCAACAUUAGAGAACAUCACAGCAGAGAUGCUUAAAUCUAAAGACUUUAAAGUUGUGUUCAUCUUUGACGGCCUGGAUGAAAGCAGACUGUCACUGGAUUUCAAAAACAGGAAGGAGGUCAUGUCUGAUGUCACAAAGGAGUCAUCAGUCAGCGUGCUGUUGAGAAAUCUCAUCGAGGGGAAUAUGCUUCCACGUGCUCUUGUCUGGAUCACUUCCAGACCUGCAGCAACCAAUCAGAUCCCUCGUAAAUGUUUUGACAGGAUAACAGAAGUACAAGGCUUCACUGACGCCCAGAAGGAGGAGUACUUCAAGAAGAGAUUCAGUGAAGAGCUGUCCAGCAAAAUCAUCUCACACAUCAAGACAUCCAGGAGCCUCCACACUAUGUGUACCAUCCCAGUCUUCUGCUGGAUCAUUGCUAGAGUUGUGAAGCUAAUGUUGACUCCAGACCAGAGAGGAGAGCUGCCCAAGACCCUGACUGACCUGUACUCACACUUCCUGGUGGUUCAGACAAAGAGGAAGAAGAACAAAUUUGAUGAGGGAACUGAGACGAGUCCACAUGAACUGACAGAGGCUGACAGUGAAUUUCUUCUGAAGCUGGGGAGACUGGCGUUUGAACAUCUGGAGAAAGGAAACAUCACGUUCUACCAAAAAGACCUGGAGCAGUGUGGCCUUGAUGUCAAAGAGGCCUCAGUGUUGUCAGGACUUCUUACAGAGAUCUUCAAAGCAGAGAGUGUGAUCUUCAAGAAAAAAGUUUACAGCUUUGUUCAUCUGAGUGUUCAGGAGUUUCUGGCUGCAGUCUACAUCUACCACUGUUGCACCAACAGGAAGACAGAGGUACUGAAAAACUUCUUGGGAGAAGACUACAGUUUCUCAUAUCUAGAUGACUUCCUGAAGAGAGCCAUGGAGAAAUCUCUCCAAAGUAAAAAUGGCCACCUGGACCUGUUUGUUCGCUUCCUUCAUGGCCUCUCUCUGGAGUCCAACCAGAGUCUCUUAGGAGGCCUGUUGGGGUGGACAGAAAACAGUCCAGAAACCAUCCAGAGAGUCAUCAACAACCUGAAGGAGAUGAACAGUGAGGAUAUCUCUCCUGAUAGAAGCAUCAACAUCUUCCACUGUCUGAUGGAGAUGAAGGACGGCUCAGUACAUCAGGAGAUCCAAGCGUUCCUGAAGUCAGAGAACAGAUCAGAGAAGAGACUCUCUGAGAUCCACUGCUCAGCUCUGGCCUACAUGCUGCAGAUGUCAGAGAAGGUUCUGGAUAAGUUGGACCUGAAGAACUACAACACAUCAAUGGAGGGACAACAGAGACUGAUCCCAGCUGUGAGGAACUGCAGAAAGGCUCGACUUUCUAACUGUUGGCUCUCAGAGACUCACUGUGAAGUUUUGGCCUCAGCUCUGAAGUCCAACCCUCAUCUGACACAUCUGGACCUGAGUAACAACAUCCUGUCUGAUUCAGCAGUGAAGCGUCUGUCUGCUGGACUGGAGAGUCCAAACUGUAGACUGAAGACUCUGAGACUUUCUGACUGUAGACUCUCAGAGACUCACUGUGAAGUUGUGGCCUCAGCUCUGAAGUCCAACCCUCAUCUGACAGAUCUGGACCUGAGUGACAACGAGCUGUCUGAUUCAGCAGUGAAGCGUCUGUCUGCUGGACUGGAGAGUCCAAACUGUAGACUUAAGACUCUGAGAUUGUGGGACUGCAGUUUUUCAGAGAUCAGCUGUGCUUCUCUGGUCUCAGCUCUGAAGUCCAACCCCUCCCAUCUGACAGAGCUGGAUCUGGGUAACAACGAGCUUCUGGACUUAGGACUGAAGCUGCUGUGUGAUUUUUUGAAAAGUCCAGACUGUAGACUGAAGAUUCUGAGAUUGAGGAGCUGCGGUAUGGCAGAGAUCAGCUGUGCUUAUCUGGUAUCAGCUCUGAAGUCCAACUCCUCCCAUCUGACAGAGCUGGAUCUGAGUGGAAACGACCUUCUGGACUCAGGACUGAAGCUGCUGUGUGAUUUUCUGAAGAGUCCAGACUGCAGACUGAAGACUCUGAGGUUGUACGGCUGCAGGUUGUCAGAGAUCAGCUGUGCUUCUCUGGUCUUAGCUCUGAAGUCCAACUCCUCCCAUCUGACAGAGCUGGAUCUUGGCUUUAACGAGCUCCAGGACUCAGGACUGAAGCUGCUGUGUGAUUUUCUGAAGAGUCCAGACUGUAGACUGGAGACUUUGAGAUUGGAGCACUGCAGUUUGUCAGAGAUCAGCUGUGCUUCUCUGGUCUCAGCUCUGAAGUCCAACCCCUCCCAUCUGACAGAGCUGAAUCUGAGAUGGAACAACCUGAAUGACGUGAAGCUGCUGUGUGAACUAAAGGAGAGUCCAGACUGCAGACUGGAGACUCUGAGACUUUCUGACUGUUAUCUCUCAGAGACUCACUGUGAAGUUUUGGCCUCAGCUCUGAAGUCCAACCCUCAUCUGACAGAUCUGGACCUGAGUAACAGCAACCUGUCUGAUUCAUCAGUGAAGCGUCUGUCUGCUGGACUGGAGAGUCCAAACUGUAGACUGAAGACUCUGAGAUUGAGGAACUGCAGGUUGUCAGAGAUCAGCUGUGCUUCUCUGGUCUCAGCUCUGAAGUCCAACCCCUCCCAUCUGACAGAGCUGGAUCUGAGAUUGAACAACCUGAAGGAUUCAGACGUGAAGCUGCUGUGUGAUCUUAAGCAGAGUCCACACUACAGACUGGAGACUCUGAGACUUUCUACCUGUUGGCUCUCAGAGACUCACUGUGAAGUUUUGGCCUCAGCUCUGAAGUCCAACCCUCAUCUGACAGAACUGGACCUGAGUCUCAACUACCUGUCUGAUUCAUCAGUGAAGCGUCUGUCUGCUGGACUGGAGAGUCCAAACUGUAGACUGAAGACUCUGAGACUUACUGGCUGUUAUCUCUCAGACACUCACUGUGAAGCUUUGGCCUCAGCUCUGAAGUCCAACCCUCAUCUGACACAUCUGGACCUGAGUAGAAACAUCCUGUAUGAUUCAGAAUUGAAGCGUCUGUCUGCUGGACUGGAGAGUCCAAACUGUAGACUGAAGACUCUGAGUUUGGAGCGGUGCAGUUUGUCAGAGAUCAGCUGUGCUUCUCUGGCCUCAGCUCUGAAGUCCAACCCCUCCUCCCAUCUGACAGAGCUGGAUCUGAGAUACAGCAACCUGAAGGAUUCAGACGUGAAGCUGCUGUGUGAUCUUAAGGAGAGUCCAGACUACAGACUGGAGACUCUGAGACUUACUGGCUGUUAUCUCUCAGAGACUCACUGUGAAGUUGUGGCUUCAGCUCUGAAGUCCAACCCUCAUCUGACAGAUCUGGACCUGAGCGACAACGAGCUGUCUGAUUCAGCAGUGAAGCAUCUGUCUGCUGGACUGGAGAGUCCAAACUGUAGACUGAAGACUCUGAGACUGGAGCUCUGCAGGUUGUCAGAGAUCAGCUGUGCUUCUCUGGUCUCAGCUCUGAAGUCCAACCCCUCCCAUCUGACAGAGCUGCAUCUGAGUAGAAAUGACCUUCAGGACUCAGGACUGAAGCAGCUGUGUGAUCUUUUGAAGAGUCCAGACUGUAGACUGAAGACUCUGAGAUUGAGGUCUUGCAGUUUGUCAAAGAUCAGCUGUGCUUCUCUGGUCUCAGCUCUGAAGUCCAAACCCUCCCAUCUGACAGAGCUGGAUCUAAGUCACAACAACCUUCUGGACUCAGGACUGAAGCUGGUGUGUGAUUUUCUGAAGAGUCCAGACUGCAGACUGAAGACUCUGAGAUUGGAUGACUGUAGUUUGUCAGAGAUCAGCUGUGCUUCUCUGGUCUCAGCUCUUAAGUCCAACCCCUCCCAUCUGACAGAGCUGGAUCUGAGAUGGAACAACCCGAAGGAUUCAGACGUGAAACUUCUGUGUGAAUUAAAGGAAAGUCCAGACUGUAGACUGGAGACUCUGAGGUCAGUAGAGGAUGAAGUCAGUCUGUGCUGGUUUCAGCAGUUUUAUAUUAAA